AUGCUCGUCUUUGUUGAUGUCGAUGCCCGGUCUACUGGCGCUCCCGUUGGUUCCAAUCCUGAAAUAUGUGAUACCAUGAUACCCGGUCAUGGUAUACCAGCUCAGGUUACAGAGAGCCCCUUUUCCAUCGUUCCCGCCAAGAUGAAGUACAUGCCCGGCAAGAAGUUCUCUGUCACAAUUAACGCUACCCAAUCACAACAAUUCAAGGGAAUCUUCAUGCAGAUGCGACGCAAUGACACUGACGCUAUCGUGGGGACGUGGUCCGUGAUGGACGCGGAUAAGUUCAAGACCGUCUCAUGCGCAGGCGUGGUAGACAAUGCCGUGACACAUAUAGACAGCACUAAGAAAGGCACUGUCAACAAAUUCAUGUGGACACCUCCGAAAGAUUUUAAUGACACCGUUUACGUUGCGGCCACAUUUGUGGAGAGUUACAGUAGUUAUUGGGUCAAACAAACCUCGUCAACUAUCAGUGCUGAUACUAAACUGACAAGCAGCCUAAUCCUGACUAUCGUCAUGAUAUCCAUCUCCCUCUCGACAAGUUUUCUUGGACUUGAGUUUUAG